UAAUGGAUCAGCUGAUUUCAAUAUGAAUUCCCAAAUAUUGUUUUGAAUUGUAAUCUUGGAAAGCGAUAUCUAUGGGCGACCUACUUCACCAGAGCUAGAUUAUCCAGACCAGGAACUGCGUCACCAUGAUUAAGUUGCAACCGCCGCUGGACUUAUCCGGAGUGUACCAUAAUUUUCGGUGUGGCGAAGUCCUGUGCAACGGCCCAGCUAGCUACGAUGUCUGCUGCUCCCUGUGCGGGAAGCGCCUGGAGCUGGAGAGUUUUCCUGUACACUUUCGUAUGGAACACCUCAGUAGAAUUGAGUCUGUUGAUGAUGAUGAAAAAGCAACGACAAGGAUAGAGUACGAUCCUAUCGCUCAGGAUACCAUGGAAGUGGAGAGUGAUCUUAAAAAUCAGGAGGAACUAGACGAGCAGCUGGACCAAACUUCCCGCAGACAGCGCCCCAAAAGGGUGGCGGCAAUGAAGAAUACCCUGGUGGAUAAUUCCGAAAAGCCGCUUGAAUUGGAAAUGGACAUAGAGUGGUUAGAAGCUGAAGAGGAACAUUUAGAUAAAGAGGAUUCUGAAGACGAAGAUGUUGGCGGUGCCCCCAAAGAUAUGCUCUUCCAGUGUGAUCAGUGCGACAGGGCCUACAACAGCAAGCGCAGUCUUCAGAGUCACCGCCGUCAGAAGCAUAGCUUAUCCGCCAUAGAAAAAAACGUACCUGGAGGCACCCCUGAAAAGCCCAGAAGGCGAAAGGGUCCCGCAAAAGUGUACAAAUGCCACGAGGAGGCCUGCCACCAAACUUUUCGCACGGAACGGGAUCUGAGGGGCCACCGGUGGAAGCAUACAGGAAUAUUCUGUGACAUAUGCGGCAAGCCUUUCACCCAGUCCGGUAACAUGAUGCGCCACCGCCAGCGGCACAGCGGCAUUAAGCCGUACAAGUGCCCUGAAUGUGACGCUACGUUUUACACGCAGAAGGAACUGUCGUCGCAUAGCAUCUGUCACACGGGCCGAAUGCCCUGCAUCUGUGAGGUGUGCGGGCGUCCUUGUCGGGAUCGGGGUGUGCUCACUGCCCACAUGCGCCGCCACACUGGCGAACGGCCAGCCAAGUGCGAUGUCUGCGGCAAGGCGUUCUAUAGCUUCCACGACCUCAAUGUUCACGCAGUGUCUCACACGAAUUUGCGUCCCUUUGCCUGCGACGUCUGUGGUUCCACGUUUCAGCGCAAAAAAGCCCUCCGCGUGCACAAGCUACUUCACUCGGAGCAACGUAAAUACGUCUGCAAGCUGUGCGGCAAGACGUUUGCUCAGUCCGGCGGUCUUAAUGCCCACAUGCGAAGUCACGACCCGGCCAGGAUCAAGGGGACAGUGAAACCGCUCUUGACUCCAGUUAACUCUGUGGAGCUUGUGGAGGUAAUCCAUCCGAAUGGCCAUACACCGCUUACCAGUGGCUUUCCUGCCACGCCUACUACAAUUACCCUCGCCAUAGAUGAUGAUGAAGGAGAGGAGCAGGUGGACACAACUCCUGAAGAAGUUUCAUGGCAGCUCUAGUUUUAGCUUCAGACAUCCCACUUUUAUUGCAUAAGAAUUUAUAGAAAUUUAUAAGAGAUUCGUACAUAUGUAUUACAGACAAAAAACGUUCAAAUGUAAAACAGAACUUGCAUUUUUUUAUGCAAUUAAAUAUAAUUUUAAUUUGUAUUGAAUUACAAAAUUAAUU